GCAGUAGUUGAGCGCAAGUACAUAUCGAUACGUGUCGUGUAUUUUUGACAGUACAUUAUGACGGUCAAUUGAUGGUCAUCGAGGCGCGACAACGUACUGUACCCGACAUUUUUUUUCCCCGGGUAUAAAACGUUCGAAAAGAAGAAUAAAGGAAGAAAGAAAAGAGGGACAGAGAUAUAUCUGUAAAUAAGAGGAAGAUCCGUGACAUGAGAGAGCUGCGAUAGUAACGGCCGUAACGGCGAGCGAAAAAAUGUACUGUACGACGCUCGGGAGAUGCUUUUGCAGGAGGGACGCGGUAAGGGCCCUGAGCACCGGCGAAGUUUCCACCGCACUGAGGCCUUUUUAUUUCACUGUUCAUCCCGACCUCUUUGGCCAGUAUCCCACACAAAGGACAGUGAAUGAGAAUUCUUUGAAGCAAUUGAGUUCAAUCUUAGAAACUCUGCAACAGAAGCAACCUAUACGGCCGACCAUUUUACCCUUUUACUUGCGCUCUAAAGAUGAGAAAGAAGUGAGAGCUGGUAAAUUUACACUUGUGAAAAUACAAUUGAAAGAAAAAGAUCUAAGACAAGCAAUACUAUCUAUUUUAAAAACAUGCGAUCUACCUACGACAUUUGUCGAUAAAAUUGAGGAACAGAAGCCUUCUAUCACAAAGUACAAAUCCAGAUUUUGGCAACGUGCAUAUUAUGGAGAAAGGAUAGAUUUCUCAGAAUUGGAGGAUGAUCCCAUUUAUGCAUCGAUAAUCAUGAAACGAAAGAUUAAUGCAGAACCAGAUACGUUAAAGGCUUAUUUGGACAAACACAUCAAUGAGGUGCAUGUUAAGUUGGAAGCAUGCAGAUCAAUGAGGGAGGAAGUGGAGAAAUUGGAGAAGAUAUUGUGCAGUAUUUUGGGUUUAAAGAAUAUUAUAUGGGACUGCGGUUGGAAUAUCGCUCAUUAUCGUGGUUGUUUAUUAGCUUUCCAGGCUUUAGCCGAACACCACCCAGAAUCGAUGGAGGUGUUAAAGAAUCGGACUCUCGUAUUCGCAAACGACACUGGUAUCAGCCUGGAAGGUAAUGUUAUGCUAAACUCUGGAGAAGUCAGGCACAAUUGGCUCGAUGUAAUAAGAAAUCACGACGCUGUAUUAUUGAAAUUGCCAGCAUUUGAGAAGGCAGUGUCCCAAGUACUCCUCGAUAUUAAAGUCGGUCGACGGAAAUUCAUGCCUAAAGUGAUGGUCGGCCAGUAUGAACGACAAUUACGACAACUCACGACUACACUCUCAGAUUACCGUGGCAAGAGAAAGUAUCCGAGUUCUUGGCCAGACAGUCUAUCGGCCUACGAAAUUGUCAUCGAAGCUGAAGCAGGUCCAUUGAUGCUGUCGCCGACUGGACAAUUCAUCGUGCCAUCAUCAUGUCCAAGCUUUCUCUUGGUGAAUUUCAUUACUGAGAAUUUAGAAGAGGCUACAAAGAGAUUACAUCAUUAUAAUAACAUAAAGCAUGUAGAACGAGAACUUCAUCGUAAAACCAUCAAAGAAUUAGGUUUAACUGCACUCAACAAGGAUGAUAGCAUCACACCAGAUCUGAUGAUACAAUGCUGCGAGCGACUGCUUUUAUACAAAAAACAUCUAGCACCAUCCCUCGAGGGCGUUAUGCUUUGGGUUACUCAUUAUUAUUCUGUUAUGAGUGACGGUGUUCUUUGUGUGCCAUGGGAUUGGAAAUUCUAAAAAACGAAAUAUAUUAUCGUUAUUAAGCUAUAAUAAUAAGCAAAUACAUCGCGCCAUAAAUUUCGACAUUGCGAAUAUUUUAUAAAUCUCAAGAUUUACAGGAUACAUAUAAAUGAUGCAAUUAAAUGAUUCUAACGAUUUAGAGCAAAUAAUUAUAUGUAUUCAUGUAUUUAUAAGAGAUAAACUAUUAUAAUAAUUAAAACAUUGUAAUAGUCAAUACACUAUUACAGUAGUUACUAACAUAUUUUAAAUGUUAACUCUCGCUGAAAUUAUUAUACUACUAUUAUUUAUGUUACUCUUCUAAUUUCAUAAGAAUAGUCAGUGACAAAUUCCUGCAAAAACAUCUGUUACAUGUGCAACUAAAAAAAAAAAAGAAAAU